AUGGGUAUAUUUGAUGAUGAUGAUGUUGAUGAUGAAUAUACAAAGUAUGAUUAUGAUGAGUUGACAAGCUACUCAAGCUCCACUUAUUCAAAUUUUAGUCAAAGCUCACUCAAGAGACAUCUUGCUUCGAACAUAGGAGUUGCUAAGCGUAAAAUUCGGGAAAAAGAGCCGAUUGUAUGGAAAAUACUGCAGGAAGUUAUGCAGGGGCAUCCCAUAUUGUUAAAUAGAGCGCCUACUCUGCAUCAAUUAGGUAUACAGGCGUUCCAACCUAUUUUAGUGGAAGGGCGCGCUAUUUGUUUACAUCCAUUAGUUUGUAAAGGAUUCAAUGCAGACUUUGAUGGGGAUCAAAUGGCUGUUCAUGUACCUUUAUCUUUGGAGGCUCAGGCGGAGGCGCGUUUACUUAUGUUUUCGCAUAUGAAUCUUUUGUCUCCAGCUAUCGGGGAUCCCAUUUCCGUACCAACUCAAGAUAUGCUUAUUGGACUCUAUAUAUUAACGAGUGGGACUCGUCGAGGUAUUUGUGCAAAUAGGUUUAUGUAA